AUGCAAAGACUCGAGGAGGGCCCGGAAGAUAGCAUAUAUUUUGAUGCCUGGGAUAACCCAGCGAUAGCCGAUGCCAGAGCGCUGUACGAGGAGGAGCAGCUCUUUGCUGCGCGUCGAGUUCUAGUGCAGCAGGGUAUCACUGCGGCGCGUGCUGCGAGCUUCGGACCCCUCAUUGAGGAGAUUUUCCGGGAAACCGAUGACUUAUCGCUUUUUCUCCAAGAUUUAAAUGACGAAAGCGAUCCCGCCUAUUCAAUAGCAGUGCAAACAAAACGAAUGAUAGUACGAUAUCGUAGGAUUCCCGGCAGUGUCCUACACAAGUACCACGUCACAGCGGAGUUGAGUGCACCGCUCGAGAACCUCUGUUGUGUACUGGCUGAACCGGAUCUCUUCGGGCAGCUUUUUUGGUAUGUGAGGGAUAUAAAACUUCUGGUUCCGAGUGGACGGGUGCAACGUGCGGUUUACGCACGCUUCUAUGCGCCGUGGCCCUUCGCGGACCGCACCAUCUACCUGGUAGGGCGAGGCAUUGAUGCGCUCGAUGAACCCAGCCAGUCCGUUUACAUUGUGAUUCGCUCUGUGCGCCCCGCUGACGGUGCGGCAUGGCGUGCAGCGGAACGGAUGCGCGAGCGUGUGGCAGACCAACGCUCCGUCACCGUCGAAGCGCGAGCGUGUUUCGAGCUGCAUCCGGUAUCCCGGGGUCGCACUCGGGUCCGUCUGGUGGGUGUAUUCGAUCCGCGUAUCAAGUUUAUUCCAGCAUCGCUCAUAAACUGGGCGUCCCGAAAAAUUAUUAGGCACGGCACGAAACAGUUGGGCUGGGUUGCAGCGCAUCUCUCAAAAUUGCAGACCGAGCACUGGAAACGUCUGCAUGAUCCUGAGUGGUGUUUCGGCGUGUAUCCGUGGUUGAGAAGAAGACUCGCGUCUUUCUGGUGGACACGGGAAGCCGUAUCGGAGAGUCAGUCUCAGAGCAAGGGAACGACAUCGGUCCCGUGGUCAGGGUCGCGUCUUAGCGGAUCUGAAAGUGAGCCCAGUGACGUCGAGAUGCCCGCCGAUGUCGACAGCAACACUCGACUGCUUCGCACGGUAGGCAAAAGCGCGGCCUCUACGGGGCAUGCAUCACCACGAACCUGA